CUACUAACUCCAGCCGGUUGUAUUUUGGGUGAGAACCCUGACUAUUCGUGUGGUCGUUUUCGCGCUUUCGCAAUUAAAUCGGCUUCGUCAACACAACGACCAUGGCGGCUCCGGGUCCGAAUAAGGACAACAUCAGAGCUGGAUGCAAGAAAUGCGGAUAUCCGGGCCAUUUGACUUUUGAGUGCAGAAACUUUGUGAGAGUUGACCCCCAAAAAGACAUUGUUCUGGAUGUAAGUAGCACCAGCACUGAGGAGAGUGAAGAAGAAGUCCUGGGUCGAAGUGGGCAAGGUCGUCGAGACUCUUCAGAUGGUGACCACAGAAAAGAGAAGCACAAGCAGAAGAAGAACAAAGAAAGAAAAUCAAGAAAAAGAUAUUCUUCACCAUCAAGUGAUGAAGAAGCUACCAGGAAGAAAAAGAAACGUAGCAGGUCUCUUUCCGCGUCUGAUGAUGAAGAGCGACAGAAGAAAAAGAAACUGAAAAGCCACAAGAAGAAAAGUAAGAAGAACAAACGGGAUCAUGGGAAGCAUAAAAAGAGACACCGGAAGAAGAAGCAGGAAAGCUCCUCUUCCUCCUCCAGCUCGAGUGAAUCAGACAGUGACUGAACUAUGUUCAGGGGUCCUAUUUUUAUUAUGGUUUUUUCCAUUCCAUUAAAUUUUGUUGACAUAACUCAAAGGGGGAAUUGGUAAAAUGAAAUGUGGGAAGAAAAAAGGGGGAGAGCUACACAAGAAGAACUGGUGGCCGUUUUACAGUUUUAAUCAUGGAAAUGUUUUGGGUUAUUUAGAAAAGAUGUAAGCCAUAAAAGGAUCUGCAGAAAAGUUGGACGCAAUGCCCCUCAAUUAACUUGAACAGUAGCUUUUUUUUCCCCAAACUAUCAAACAAGGUUAUCCGAUGGUCGAGAUCAUAUGUUUGACGUUUCUUGACUAUACCUCACAUCAAUACUCGAUAAUCAAGCAACGUUUUUACUUAUUUGUCAGUGUAACCAGUUGUUUAAUAGUUUAUCUCAAAUGGACCGUCAUUUGGAUAUUUGUGAUAAUUAUUGCCAGUGUUGCUGUGUUAAGUCAUUGAAGUGGGAAAACCAAAUAUACACACAUUCCUGCUUUUUGAGCAUUAUCAAGAUAAUGGGAAGGGUCUCAGUGUUUGAAUCUGAAUAUUGUUCACAUUUUAUGGACAAAAAUUACACUUCAUUUAAAAUCAGCUAUUCUGAAUCCCCACUAAGUGAUCAUUUAUACAGCCUUUUUACUAAAAAAAAUCAGUACCUUAAUAACAAUACAAUAUACUGUAUUGCACAAAGGAACAAUUUGGGCGGUAGAUGGCAGCAACAUGCAAUUAUGCAGUCUUCACCCGUCGCACAUUGCCGAUGUGCGAGGCCUCAUUUGAAUAGUUUCUGUGGCUCAUAGUGUGCAACACAGUAAACCCAUAAAAACAGGAUUUUCUGGGUCACUGUCAUGACACUGCUCCCGAUUUUUUCAAGGAGGGUUCUCGAACAUGCUUCUCAAGAGUGUAUUUUACACAACACGUGUACUGUACUUUUAUAAGGUGUUUAGGGAGCCUUGAGGGGAAAAUUAAGUGUAGCAGUCCGCCUAGUGGUCACGUUUAGAACAGCAUUUGCUGGCACACCUCGUUUAAAUCUUCAUUCAAACUGCAUUCAAAUAAAGGAAGACCCACUUGUUUGGUAAAAUGUG